UGCAGCUUUGGCCCAAUCCAGUGUGUCUCACCCAAGCAUGGGCACAGAGGUGCAAGGGUACACACUCGGGGCCGAGGGGUAUCAAUCUUUUUUUGGCCAGUGCUCCGGGAAUAUUCACCAAACGGAUUGUGGAAUAUCAUCGAGCGCCGAGUAAGGAUUUAUAGAAUCCAUUUCCAGGAAGAAAGAAGGGUCUACUUUUACACCACACAGCAGUUUAGCAGAUUCAUUCUUUAUUUUGGCCAAUUGGAAGAAUCAAAGUUUUCUAAAUUCUAGAUUCUAGAAUCUAAAUUUUUGUGCCAGGUUUUUACCUUCGCUAUUGGAUAAAUCUGUGUCCGCCCAUCCGGUUGUUUUUCUCUCCUGUCUUCGACUGAGUCAUCUAAUCGCUUCUCCUUUGAGUUCUCCUCUUCGGGACAACCUCUUGCGAGGAGGCCUCCAUCAUGGUGUUAAUGAAGAUGAAGUUCUCUUUCCAGAAGAGGGUGAAACUAGCCCAGAGCCUGUGGCUGCUCUCCUGGAUGGCCACAGUGGCGGGAUCCAUCACCUUCUGCCUGGGCUGUUUCCUGAAAAUUGAGUUGCGCAAAAGGGCUGAGGUAAUGGGCAACACCGACAUUUACAUCGUACCUCACACCCUGAUGAUCGUGGGCCUGGGCGGUCUGGGGAUCAACUACUUUGCCGGACGAAUCUGUCAGGAUGCCCUGGACCCGAGUCGAUUCCCGCAGUGGAAGACCUUCCUGAAGCCCUACUUUGGCGCCUCCAUGUUCGUCACCUUCCUCAUGUUCAUGGCCAUGCUUAUGAGCUUCAUCAUGAAGGGCUCCCUGGAAUCCUCCCUGCUGAUUGGUCUGAGGAAGGGCAUCCGCUUCUACAAGGAUACGGAUACGCCCGGCCGCUGUUUCCAGAAGCAGUCCAUUGACCGCCUUCAGAUGGAUUUCCAAUGCUGCGGCAACGAUGACUACAGGGAUUGGUUUGAGGUGCAGUGGAUCAGCAAUCGCUACCUUGACCUCAGCACCAAGGACGUUAAAGACCGCAUCAAAAGCAAUGUGGAUGGACGCUACCUGUUGGACGGUGUCCCCUUUAGUUGCUGCAACCCCAGCUCCCCUCGACCCUGCAUCCAGUACCAGCUGACCAACGACACCGCCCAUUUCAGCUACGAGCACCAGACGGAGGAGCUCAACCUAUACCUCCGCGGGUGCAGGGAGGCCCUGGUCAGCUAUUACGGUGGCUUGAUGAACACCAUCGGAGUGAUUGUACUCUCUGUGCUCCUGGUUCAGGGCUCAGUCCUGGCCAGCCUCAGGUACCUGCAGACAUCCCUGGAGGCGCUGGAGGGACAGGCGGACGCAGAGGCCGAGUCCGAGGGCUACCUCCUGGAGAAGAGCGUGAAGGAGACCGUGAUGGAGUGGUUAGAGCCUGUGCUCAAACUUCUUCAGCUGAACCAGGUGGCCUCUGAGGAGGGGGACGCAGCGCCAGCCUGAGCCUGAAGAUGGCAGUCAUUUGUGUUUCAAUAGUGGAAGUGAUGAUGUGACACCCCAAUGAAUAUUUAAUUGGUACUGGUAAAAAUUAAAUGCAACAUCCUGCUGAUAUCACUUAACUUAAGUGAACAUUCCAGUCUGGAAACAAGGUGCUGUACAGUAUGCACAACAUAUACUGUCUUCAGUUGAGCCUGAGUAAAAUGUUAACUAUUUCCCAUAAAGUCGUUUAAUUUUAAUGGUGAAAUAACACAAAAUUCAUGUUGAAACCAUUUAUACGCUGUUUAUGACCUUCCUUCAUAUGCAGUUUAUUGACUUACCUUUAGCACCAAUCAAACUGGAAUUACAGUGAAGAGAAUUACUGGUUGGACACAAUUUCUGCUCCCUUUUUAUACAUCAUUAGUGUGGUUAUUAUCAUUAUUAUUGGGAAAAUAAAAAGGGAAAUGUUGUCUGGCUUUAAUAAAGUUCAUUUUUUCAACCUUAGCACUGACAACACUGACAACAAAAAUCUGUUUGCAUGUUAAGUAACCACAGAAUACCACAUUUAAACGCUGGCUGUAGUGACUCAUUGCUCCAAUAUGUAACUGAAGAGAAAAUACAGUACUGUAAAAUUUUAAGCAAAUGGAACAUAAUAAAUGUUGAGGUUUUUAAACUGC